ACUUGCUAUAGAAAAAGAAUAGAAGAAGUGGCAUGUAAAAACAAGCCACAACAUCAGCAGCAGCAGCAGCAGCAACAUCAUCACCAUCUUUUUUUGAUUUUCUCUUUUGAUUCUUACCUACUACCACACCUACCUCUUCAACUUGCACAAAGAAAGCUCUUUUAUUCCACUGUGAGUCUCUCUCUCUCUCUCUGCCUGUCUCCUCUUUCUUUUCUUUGAUCUCCAGUCUUUUCCUUGAAUUCAUGGAUCGAUGCUGCCAACACAAGCCAGAAGCCAGAAAGGAUAUAGAAACUAGAGAGAAAGGCUUCCAGUGCAUUAUAAGCAAUCAAUUAACUCUCUGAAACCUCGUUGUUUUGCUCUGUUCUGUUCUAUUUUCUUCCCCUUCAAAACAUUCUUCCUAUUACCAAAUCCAUUCACUAAUCUUCUAAAACUACUUGAAAGAGUUCAGUGAUACUCGUAUAGGAACAAGACCUUAUCACUGAUGCAUAGAUUGUUCUUUGUGUCAGCCCUGUUUUUGUUCUGUUCUCUCAUAUAUAGGAGCUUUCUCGCCAAACCUGAACCAAAUAGGAUAUAGUCUUGAAACUCCCGUGAAGCAUCACAUUGAAGAAUUAACUUUCUUUUGAUGGAUUCUUUCAAUGAAUCAACUGGGUUCAGGUACAAUCCAAAUUCAAACACGAUGGUCGAUGCAGAUGGCGAUUCUGAGUUCUCCGGGAUUCUUGAAAUCUAUGUUCAUCAUGCCAGGAAUAUUCACAACAUAUGUAUCUAUGAUAACCAAGAUGUUUAUGCAAAAUUCUCUCUAACUUAUAAUCCCGAUGAAACCCUUUCAACUAGAAUUAUCAAUGGAGGCGGAAAAAACCCAGAAUUCAAUGAAAACUUCAUGAUGAAACUCACUCAACUUGAUGCAGUCCUCAAAUGUGAAAUUUGGAUGCUUAGUAGAGUUAGAAACUACAUGGAGGAUCAGCUUCUAGGAUUUGCUUUGGUCCCUAUUUCACAAGUUUCUGGCAAAGGAAAGGUGACUCAAGAUUACAGCCUCUCCUCCACUGACCUCUUUCACUCUCCAGCUGGCACUGUCCAAUUGUCUCUUUCCUUAAACACAUCUUUGCCUGUUAAGCCCUCAGCAACAGCUGCCAACUCGUCAAUAUCAUCAGAGGUUGUGCUUCUUGAUAGAAAGAUAUCGGAGGUUAUUUUGGAGCCAGUUGAGUAUUCGAGAAUUGAAUUUCCUGAUAUCAAUGUUGUUAGAGAGAAUCAGCAAAUGGUCUCAGAGUAUUUUGAUGGCAUGGGUUCCAGGCCUGGCUCUUUUCUUUACCUUGGUGCCUCUCCACAACCUGCUGUUCAUGACUAUGAAAUGACAACAAAUUCCUCCGAGGAAAAUCAUGGAGGUUCAGGUUCUCCUAAUGGCAGCACCCAAAACUCCAGUUUCUUGAGCUCUACGACAACAAGCCUGAGCGAUGACAGAAAUUCCUCCGAUUCAGUUGAGAGAAAGAUUCGUUUAGGUGGUCAAUCAUCAAACUCUCUUAACGUUUUGAUCACCACAGAGGCUAAUCAUAACUCCUGCGCUUGCCCUGACACUCCAACUUCAAAGAAGGGAAAUGAAGUCCGAGAUGAAAAGGAAUCAAAUUUUACAAGCAAGGAGGAGGAGACCAAUAAGGAAGGAAACAUGAGUUCUAUUAAAUUUGGUCAAGUAUUUUCAGCUCCACUAGGAAACAUCAAUCUUGAGGCCGAGCAGUCUGCAAUGCAGCAGCAAAUAGUAGACAUGUACAUGAGGAGCAUGCAACAAUUCACAGAAUCUUUGGCCAAGAUGAAGCUACCUAUGGAUCUUGACAAACCGGAACCUGAGGACCGCGGUGACGUGAUUCAAAGUCACAGAAAUGAACUAGAGCUUGAGAAGAAGAAAAAGGACGGAGGUCGAGUGUUUUAUGGUAGCCGGGCAUUCUUCUAGUCAAUAAUCCUUGCUGCUGCGCAUGUUACCUAGCUUUGUUCCAUCGGGAAAUGGAGUUUAAUUUAUCGGCUACUUCAGUGGUAUUUAUGACUCAAAUCAAUAACCUUAGUGUUGUUUAGCUUCUCUUUUUUAUCACUACAAUUUCUUCUAAUAUGUCACAUGUUUCAAAUUAUGCAAGAAUAAAUGUAUCCGUAUUGAAGAAUUGCCAAAGACUUGUAUGUUGUAGAAGGGGAUCUUGAAUCCUCUGUAGCAUCUGUACUAUUUGCAGCUUGAGAACACAGAAUUUUAUUUGUAAGAUUACAUAUAUAGAAAGUGGUAUGAUAUUUUGGGCAA